AUGGAUAUUCCGGAUACUGCGUACACGAUGCUGCCGUUUACGUUUCAUAGCGAAUUCGGUAACGAACUAUUCCAAAAAGCGUGGCUAAAAAUGGUUGUUUUUGAAGCGAUAUCGGCAGUUGUGGAAGAUAUUUCAUCAGAUGAGACGCAGUUCACGUUGCUGGAUAUGAUUGCGCCGAGAGCCGAUACCACUCGAAUUUUUCUUUCGAUGCUUAUCAAUUUCAUUCAUUUUUCGUCUGCCAUUACGAAGGUUUUACGCCAAAACACACUUUUUUUGCUAAUAGUAACGGAAUUAUGA